AAGUUAAUUCCCUAUUUCUCGUUCUGUCAUUUAUACUGAUACAGUUACUCUCUGCACAGCUGCGCCUCACUCACGCCGCCUACCCUUCUGCGCCGGCGCCGCCUUCCCUUCCCUUCCCUCUCUCGAUUCGUCCACUCGCAGGUCGCAGGUCGCAGGAUCCCUAGCACUAGCAGACACUCGAGCCCCCUGCCCGCUUCCGCUCCCGGCGCCGCCAAUUCCACCCGCUGCUUUCGCCUCCCUGAAUUAGACUUUUCCAGAAGAUUCAUUGAUGGAAUUUAAUGUUGGCAAAGGCGUUGAAAGCAGAAUUAGGAAUAUCGAGCACGAGUUUUGGGCGCUGGAGGAGGUAGAUCCGAAGAAGGCGAGAUUCCCUUGCUGUGUGGUAUGGACGCCUCUGCCCAUCGUCUCAUGGUUAGCUCCUUUUAUAGGGCAUGUGGGGAUCUGCAAAGAGGAUGGCAGCAUCUUAGAUUUCUCCGGCUCCAACCUCAUUAAUGUCAACGACUUUGCAUUCGGCCCCGUUGCCAGAUACCUUCAACUCGAUCGCCACCAGUGCUGCUUCCCUCCGAACCUGGUGGAACACAAAUGCAAGCACCGGUAUGUGCAUGCCGAAUUCGGGACGGGGAUGACAUGGGACGACGCGAUCCAGGCAAGCACGCGCCAUUUUGAGAACAAGUCCUACAACCUCUUCACCUGCAACUGCCACUCGUUCGUCGCCCACUGCCUGAACCGGGUCAGCUACGAGGGCUCGAUGAGCUGGAACAUGGUCAACGUCGCGGCUCUCGUGCUGGCCAAGGGGAAGUGGGUCGACGGCCUCUCUGUGUUGAGAUCGUUUAUGCCGUUUAUGGUGGUGCUCUGCUUGGGUAUAUAUGUGGUUGGAUGGCCAUUUAUAGUAGGUCUCUUUUCCUUCUCUCUCCUCCUAUUGGGGUGGUUUUUGUUGACUACUUAUGUUUUCAAGAACAUGUUAGAUUGUUAGAUGAUUUCGUGUUUUUUUAGUAGCAUGUUAGAGAUUAUACAUCAUUACAUGAUAUAUAAAAUCACCUUUUAAUUUUUUUGCAA